GCCACAGAGAACAGAGGAGAGAGAGAGAGUAGUUAGAUUACAGAGACGUUGUCGGACUUCAAAUCAGUUUCGGUACCGGAAUUUAGGAACUCCGUUUAAAUCCGGAACCAUCCAAACAAGUAAAAGGAUAAGCCUUUUCUUCGUCUUCUUCUUCAGAGACAGAGAGAGUGAAGUCAGUGAGAGAAAGUUAUGAUUUUUAUUUGUUUCUGAAAAAUUGGGAAAGAUGUGGCAGCGUUGGUCGAAUGGUAAGGGCCCAGACAUGGUGACCCCAGUCACGGGUCGGGCCAGUGAGAUCCAGUACGAUGAUGAUCCAAGAAGAUUGCCUGAUAAAAUCUCAGAGCUUGAAAAAGAGCUUUUUGAGUAUCAACACAGUAUGGGUCUUCUUCUGCUAGAGAAAAAGGAGUGGAGUUCUAAAUACGAAACGCUUCAACUAGAAUUUGAAGAUGCAAAUGAGUGCCUUAGGAGAGAACGCAAUGCGCAUGUGGUUGCUAUGGCAGAUGUUGAGAAGAGAGAAGAGGGUUUGAAGAAAGCUCUGGGGGUUGAAAAGCAGUGUGCACUUGAUCUGGAGAAGGCGCUGCGGGAGCUACGCUCUGAAAACGCAGAGAUCAAAUUUACAGCUGACUCGAAGUUGACUGAGGCAGAUGCGUUGGUAAGAAGUGUUGAAGAAAAGUCUCUGGAAGUUGAGGCAAAGCUGCGUGCUGUUGAUGCAAGACUUGCUGAAGUUAGUAGGAAGAGCUCAGAGGUGGAGAGGAAGUCCAAGGUGGAAGCUCGAGAAAGUUCUCUUCAAAGGGAGCGAUUUGCCUACAUUGCUGAACGAGAAGCAGAUGAGGCAACCUUGUCAAAGCAGAGGGAGGACUUGCGUGAAUGGGAAAGAAAGUUGCAAGAAGGAGAAGAAAGAGUUGCUAAAUCUCAAAUGAUUGUGAAGCAGAGAGAGGAUAGAGCAAAUGAAAGCGAUAUGAUAAUCACGCAAAAGGGAAAAGAACUUGAAGAGGCACAUAAGAAGAUAGAUGCUGCGAACCUUGCGUUGAAGAAAAAGGAAAGCGAUAUCACCUCAAGGAUCAAAGCUCUUACUUUAAAGGAGCAAGAAACUGAUGUGCUGAAGAACUCUUUAGAGACAAAAGAGCGUGAGCUACUAGAUAUGCAAGAGAAACUGGUUGCCAGAGAAAAGGUUGAAGUUCAGCAACUAAUUGAUGAACAGCAAGCUAAGUUGGAGGCAAUACAGCGUGAGUUCGAGUUGGAAAUGGAGCAGAAAAGAAAAUCUAUUGAUGACAGCUUGAGGAGCAAGGUUGUUGAGGUGGAAAAGAGGGAGGUUGAGUGGAAGCACAUGGGGGAAAAGGUUGCUAAACGUGAACAGGCAUUAGAUAAGAAACUGGAGAAGCAUAAAGAAAAAGAAAAAGAUUUUGAAGCAAGACUGAAAGGCAUAAAGGGCAGAGAGAAAGCAUUGAAAAGCGAGGAGAAGGCAUUGGAAACUGAGAAGAGAAAACUUGCCGAGGAUAAAGAAAAUAUACUCAGUCUUAUAGCUGAAGUCGAGAAGAUAAAGGCUGAGAAUGAAGUACAGCUAUCAGAGAUUCAUAAAGAGAAGGAGGAGCUUAGAGUUACUGAGGAGGAGAGGUCAGAGCAUCUUGGUCUGCAAACCGAAUUAAAGGAGCAAAUAGAAAAGUGCAGGUCUCAGGAGGAGCUGCUUUCGAAAGAGGUUGAGGAUCUGAAGGCACAAAGGGAAUGUUUUGAGAAAGAAUGGGAAGAGCUUGAUGGGAGGAAAGCUGAGAUCGAGACGGAACUAAAGAAUGUAAAUGAUCAAAAAGAAAACCUAGAGAAGAACAGUCACUUUGAGGAAGAAAGGCUGAAAAAGGAACAGGUGGCAGCAAAUGACAACAUGAAAAGGGAGCUAGAAACUCUUGAAGCGGCAAAAGCUUCGUUUGCAGAUACUAUGGAGCAUGAGCGUUCGGUGAUUUCUAAGAAAGCUGAGAGCGAAAGAAGUCAACUGCUUCACGAUAUUGAAAUGCUCAAAAGGGAACUCGAGUCUGACAUGCAGAGUAAACUGGAAGAAAGAGAAAGGGAGCUGCAAGCCAAAGAGAAGUUGUUUGAGGAAGAGAGGGAGAAGGAACUGAGCAAUAUUAGUUACCUAAGAGACCUAGCCAGAAGAGAAAUGACGGAAGUGCAGAUCGGUAGACAGAGAAUAGAGAAAGAAAAGAUAGAAACCGAAGCUAGUAAAAAACAUCUUGAAGAGCAGCAGACAGAGAUUCGGAAAGAUGUUGAUGGCCUUGUUGCCUUAACCAAGAAGCUGAAGGAACAGCGGGAACAGUUUAUCAGCGAGAGAAACCGUUUCCUUUCUUCCAUGGAAAGUAAUAGGAACUGCAACCACUGCAGCGAACUGCUUUCGGAGCUCGCUCUUCCUGACAUUGACAAACUAGAAAUGCCUAGUUUCUCAAAACUGGAAAACAUUCUUGAGAACGAAGCACCACAGCAGGUGGUAAUGAGGGAUAUAUCGCCAACUGCUACCGCCUUAGGAUUGCAAGUUCAAACUGGUGGGACAGCGUCAUGGCUCCGGAAAUGUACUUCGAAGAUUCUUAAGUUGUCCGCAAUAAAAAUGGGAGAAACAUCUGCUACUCUGAGUUUGGCUGACCAAGAACUUGAGUCUACUGAGCAAGAUAACGUGAACAGUGGACCAUCAACUAUGCUUCAGGUCCAGUCUGAAAGCAACGUCAACAGCAAGACUCAAGAAGUUGCUGCAGAUUCUUUGUCUAAUCCAAAUGCUGAUGGUCAAUCAAGCAUGAGGGGGAAAGCCAGAGUCAGAAGAACACGUUCUGUCAAAGCUGUUGUUGAAGAUGCUAAAGCUAUCUAUGGAGAAUCUAUAGAAUUCAAUUCAACAGAAAAUGUUGAGGACACUGCUGCUAAAGCAAAUGAUGAAAGCACGGGUGAACCUGGUCGUUUUGAUAGAGAAGCUUCAAAGAAUGGACGGAAACGUGGACGUACGGGUUCUUUGAGAACUUGUAAUACUGAGCAGGAUGGUAACGAGAGCGAUGGAAAAUCAGAUAGUGUCACCGGAGGAGAACGUCAGCGUGGGAAGAGGCGGCAAAAGGUUGCAUCAGAAAAACAAGAAGUGGUGGGACAAAGAUAUAAUCUCCGGCGAUCUACAAGGGUGGCUGGAAAAACCGCACUUGGUAAGAAGAAUGAAGAGACUACUGGUGGAGUGCAACAAGACAAGGGUAUUUACUGUGCUCAAAUCACUGCUACAGCAUCAGUAGGCGUUGCUAUUAGUGACGAUAAAGGAGUAAGCACGAAUGUGGUGGAGCGUGAAGCUAUGGCAGACUGUGAGGAUACAUAUGCUGGUUCGGCCAAAAGAAUAGGUGAGAGUGGAGCAAUGAGUGAAGAGGAUGUGAACAAAACACCUCAAAGGGCUGACUCUGGCGGAAACGAGUAUGAUGGUGAAGAAUAUGAAUCAGAAUCAGAACAUCCCGGGAAAGUCUCCAUUGGUAAGAAGUUCUGGACUUUCUUGACGACGUAGCCCCCAUCUUUGAUCAGGAUGUAGUUUGGCAUAUUAUGUUAUAAUCUGUUGACAAUGUUAGUGUUUUGCUUCUUUUUUUAUAUGUUAGUGUUUGCUUCUUUCUUUAUCUCUAGUUAUAGCCUUUUUUUUGUGUGGAUCUUUCUCACCAAAGUGAGUGGUAUCUUUCUUGCUUUC